AUGACAUCUGACAUACUUGCCGAACGAACUUUGGGUGACUUUUUGUCGGAGCAUCCUGGGGAAUUAGUGCGGACGGGCAGUCCUCACUUUGUAUGCACAGUUCUGCCUCCUCAUUGGCGGUCGAACAAGACUUUGCCCGUAGCGUUCAAGGUGGUAGCGCUGGGAGACGUCGGUGACGGUACGCUGGUGACAGUCAGGGCUGGCAAUGACGAGAACUGCUGUGCAGAGCUCCGGAACAGCUCCGCGGUGAUGAAGAACCAGGUGGCCAAGUUUAAUGACUUGCGAUUCGUCGGCCGGAGCGGUCGCG